AUGGAGCCCAUUGAACUAUGCUUUGUCGAGGGCCGUCCCAGCAAUCAAACCCAACGGGCCAAAGAACUGGUCAACUCGGCCAUCCGCGCGCACAAUGCCAAAGUCACUCACGCGAAACGCAGCAAGAAUGUCGCGGCACAUGUCGCCGGGCGCCAGUCAGCCUCGAUUGAGCCGCUGGUCACUCGCUUUCGCGUUGUGCCGUCGGCGCGUGAGCGAGACCGCCUGCGAGCCGACGAGGAAGAGGUCUCGAAGCGGGCACAAGAUAUUGCCCGUGCAGAACAGAUGGGCCACUUUAAAGGCAAGCAGUGGCUAUACGCCAUGCUGCACCGCCAAUGGAUGGAUGCUAUAUGGACUCCCUUUUCGGGAAAUGUUCCAAAGCACAUUGCAAUAUACCAGCAAAUGAUUGUACCAAACAUCCAACUCGCUUUUGAAGUCUUUCACGUGCGCAACACCCACAACUACGAGUUCCUUCUCUGGAUGACGCGACCCACGACGUCGGGCUAUCACGCUGGGGCCGCUGGGUUGCAGCUCCUCUACGACCAGCAAGUGUCGCCUGGCUGUGGACAGACCCGCCAAUGUCUCUCCCACAAAGUGCAAGCGUCUAUAAUCUUGAGAGAGACCUUGUCCCGGUCAAUCACCAGGGUGCCUGACGACGAGUUGCUGGUCAUCUUGUCCUUGGCUACGGUAGAGAGGACAGUGGACUUGUCGGUUCACCAGUAUCAUCUCGAGACAUUGUCAAAGAUUGUCAAGGCUCAGGGUGGUCUACAUCUGGUAGCUGAUCACCCCCAGUGCACGAUUCUCCAGUUCGACGCAUGGUGGAGCCUGUCAACAGGACUCCGAUACUUUUCUUCACCACUGUCUCUUCCCCAACCUGAAGCCGAGCCGGAAACGCUAUCGAGUCGCUUUCGGGACCAGAUCCACGAGGUUCCUGUGGGCUUCCACCGCUUUAUUCUCGACGGGAAAUGGUCCUCCAGCACCGUCGAGAUCCUGAUCCGUCUCGCGUAUGUCUACCAGCGAGGAGGCAAAGUGGAAAGAAAUGAGGCGGGACGGAUCAUUGGCCUUCCCAAUACGGCCCAGCCAGUAUGGCGAACUUUUCAAGAGGCGUGUCCAGCGUUGGACGCUCCGGGGGCAGACCAGGAGAAGCUGCUGGCGCUGGCCCUUGUCUUGUACUGUGGCAUUGGCUUCGACUCGGCGCCCGUGUCGAGCAAUGGCGGUCUCGCGUCCCGGGGGGCUCUAACCAAACUACUCACUCUCGACGAGUCGUCGUCGUCGUCAUCAUCAUCGUCCUUGCCAACGCGCUCGCCCCCGCCUCAACAAUCAUCAUCACCAGCCAAGUCGCCGGACGAUAAGCCCUUCCUCUUUUGGAUAUGGAUGGUCGCAAUCUGUGCGUGGCACAACGCCUCGAACAGCGGCUUCUUGCCCCCGGGCAUCGACCUGCUGCAGAGGCUGCGCCGGAAAUUUGUCAAGGUCGGCGAUUGGAAGACGGCCCAGGACCUCUUGGAGCCGUUCUUCUGGAAUGACAAGCUUAGCGAGUUAUGCAGGCCCAGGUUUGAUGGGGAGGCGUCAGCGUCUUGA